CGUAAAUAUUGGAAAAACAGUUAAAAAUGACAGAUAAAAAUUAGGAUUUGAUAAACUGAUGAUCAAUUUAGUGUUUAUAUGCACUGUUUUAAUGUACUCUACUAGGCCAUUAAAUCUGUCUCUUUUCAAGUGGAAAUUAUUUAUCGACUUCGUGUUUCAGUAGAUUGCUGAUGAUGAUGUUUAUUGCAUUUGCAUUAUUUUCCAGCUUUGUUCUCAGCACACACGCUGUGACGCUGGAAGAGGGACUUAAGAACCCUUCCAAAUAUGUUCGUUAUGACACAGCUCCUAAUAAUACCUGGAUUCAUGCUCUGAUUUCUCUUUGCAUAACAUACGGUACGCUUACCGGAUUUAUACUCUGCAUACACCUAGUGGUAUACCUUUCAGGAUCAAAGAAGAAUCGUCGUUCUGCUUGAUCUAUUAGAUAUUUAGUAUAGAUGCUAGAUAUAGUUCUUUAUGUUAACAUUGUAUUUUAAUCCCCAUAAUUUUCCAAUCCAUCAUUUAUUUAUUUGAGGAAAAUUGCGUGUUCCAAUAGCCGAAACAAACAUCAUUUCUCUAAAUUAUUUUAAAAAAUCUCAGUGAAUAAUAAAGUAUGCCAUACAUUAUGGUAGAUGAUGAUGUACUGUAUAAUUCGAAUUUAUAUUCACGUGAUUUCUGCGAUUAAAAGUAAAUUUUUAAUCGGAUAAUCUCAGAUAAUGUAUAAAUAUACUUUGUAGACCAUAACAUUCUUUUGGUAUGGCUGAGUCGAAAAAUUGAUUCAUGAUUAGACCUAUCGUUCAAAGCAUCUUUUAAAUUGAUCGCUCUUCGAAUAAGCUUUAAAAACGCCUGGUGAUUACGACAUACCUGGUGCGUGUAUUUGUUUGCAAAACUUACUAUUCUGACAGUUUGUUAAGCAUUCAAGCUUACAAAUAUCCAAGUUUUAUGUCAUAUGGGAAAUUUAGAAUGAAGUAAUCAUCCACUAAUAGGCUGAUGUAGAACAUCUGUGACUAUUAUUUUUUCAUAACUUUUAAA